UCCGAUGAGGUUCAUCUACGUUUUCUUCAACCUCCAUCGCUGUACCAUACUGAUAUGUAUAUAACUGAUGGCGCUAUCACGUUUUGCCUCACCUAUGUCUAUGGUAAUCCAAACAAGCAAUGUCGCAUUAGUCAAUGGCAGCGAAUGAUUAACCAUAUGGAAGCCGGUCUUUAUCGCAGCAAGCCCCGAGAAAUUUUGAUAAGAUUGGGGAUCCCCGGCGAAGUGAAUAUUUUUUGUGCAUUAUUUCGGGCUAUGUUAAACAUCUCUGGCCUUCAUGAAAUCAAGACCUACGGUGGCAGAUUCACCUGGCUUGGACAACGACACCAUCAUACAGUAAAAUCCAAGAUUGAUCGAGUGGUUGCUACGUCAGACUGGAAGGAUUUAUAUCCCAAGGCUUAUCUUGACAAGAUUCUGAUCAUAAGCCUCUGCUGUUAUUUACUGAAGAUCAUAAAUGGAAGGGUCAAAAGCUUUUCAGAUAUGACAAUCGUUGGGCCCAUAAUCCAAAAGUUCAGCUUGCCUUGGCUAAUACCUGGAACUCAGCCUGUAAAGAUCUUCCCCUGGAAAAAUUCUCCACAGUCCUCUAGAAAUGUCGAGCAAAUUUGUAAUCUGCAACACCUCCUCCAGCAGGCUUAUAAUUCAAAUCCUUUGGAUUAUAACUACAUUGGUAAUCUUAAAUCUAAACUUCUUCAUGAAUAUAGGCUGGAAGAGGAAUAUUUGCAUACCAAGAGCAGAAUUCAAUGGCUACAAGCUGGAGAUCGUAAAACAAGGUACUUUCAUGCACAAACUCAACACAGGAGAAGUCAUAAUCGGAUUACAACUAUUACAGACAUCCACGGACAUCUCCUCCACAGUACGUCUCACAACUCAAAGCUUUGCCAACUAUUAGAUCCUACUGACAUUCCUUUCAUUCUGCAAAUACGUCCUAGUCUUACAAAUUGCGAGGAUUCUGUUAGCUGGAUCUACACUAAGGAUGGGCCCUACUCUGUUAAGUCAGGCUACAAUUUGCUCAGGGCAAAUCAUAUCGCUGCGCCUGACCAAGAUUAUCAGCUUCAUAACCGUGUUUAG